UGCAGGUGGACUUGUCUCGGUUGUUGUUGCGCCGAGCUAGGAGGAAAAAGUCCCUCGAACGCGCUGUGAAUAUUAUCUCCACCGCUCGGUAUACGUGGUUUAGGUGCAAUGUGAAGGCGAGGCAACGUGCUCACUCUAUGACGUUACGAGCCAGGCAUCCACCGGUGAAACAGUUAUGAUACGUGUAAUUAACUCGGUAUUGGUAUUUCGUUACGGAAGUCGUUGAAACUCGUUCGAUUAUUUUCCUCUUCGUCGUUUUCGUUGAGCGUUCAAAUUGUUCAUUGAAGUUGUGAAAAAUGCCGGACGUUAUUGAACAGAAAAUUAAACAAGUUCUGGGAGGUUUGAGCCUUGCUGACAGCGAUGAGCUCUGUGAUUUCACUCUUGUUGAGCAGAAUGAGGCGAUUGAGGCUCGAGGUAUUCAACCAACGGCGAGUUCCAACUACGUCCCAAUCUGUCAGAAAACCGUGACAUACAUAGUGGCAGCAGUUCUGAUAAACGAGCACGAGGAAGUCCUCAUGAUCCAGGAGGCGAAAGCCUCCUGCGCUGGCAAGUGGUACCUCCCAGCGGGAAGAGUGGAGCCAAACGAGAACCUCUACGACGCAGUGAAACGAGAGGUCCUCGAGGAGACCGGGCUCUCGAUGGAGCCCAAGUCACUGAUAAUGGUGGAGUGCGCCAGUGGUUCCUGGUUCAGGUUCGUCAUGACCGGGGAAGUCACUGGGGGAACUCUCAAGACCCCAGACCAGGCCAAUGCAGAGUCCCUCCAGGCAAGUUGGGUGAAGAACGUGGAGGAUCUGUCCCUGAGAUCGGCCGACAUCCUGCCACUCAUUCAGAGGGGACGGGACUACAGAAAGGGCGUUAAUCCACCUUGGCACAGUCCCAUUUUGCCAGCGGACAAAUCCAGGGAGAAACUCUUUCUCAGGCUCAUUGUUUGCAUCAAGAGAAAAGCUACGAACCGAAUGCACGUACUGUUAUCAGAGAAAACGUCCCUCCACCUCCCAGUGUGUGAGAUAAAUCCCAACAGGAAUCUCCACUCGACGUUGCACAAAUUCAUGGUCGAAGUCUUCGGCGAUGGAGUGGCUCAACAUCGACCCCAUGGCCUUCUGUCCGUAGAAUUCAGUGGAGGAGGUGGUGGUGACGGCCUCUGUUUCACCCUGCUCGUAUCAUUCCGUCCUCCCCUCGAGGAGGUCCCCAUCAAAGGAAAAUACGUGUGGCAUGAAUUAGCCCAAAACGUCGCCGAUGGUCUGGCCCAACGUCUCCCCAAAAAUAUGACUAUUUCUCUGAACGUCGUUCGCUGAACUCAUUCUCAUUACGCGGAUGAGAAUUAUUUUUUCGGAUUGUAUAUAAAUGUUUCAUAUCGAUUGACAGAUUUUAUUUAUCUAUUUUCGUACGCAUGGAGAAAUUCAGUAGAAAGUUGCAUUUUUACGAGGACAUUCUACUCAGCUAUUUUAUUAUUAUUUUUUGAAAUUGAAUAGAAAUGAAUAGAAAUGAAAUGAAAUUGAAGAGAACAGUAAAGAAAACAGGGGACAUAUGACAAUUUUAUAGUAGAAAUUUCUCGAGUUAUUUUUUCAAAAGCAUCUUUCGGACAAUAAGUCGUAUAAAAUAAUCGUAAAUCUGUUGGUUUUCAGUUAUUUUUCAUCAGACCAUUUUCCAUCAAAUAUUUUUUAUUUAGAAUACCUCAAUAUUCUAAAAAAAAUUGAAAUUUGAAACUUUAUAAUGAAUUUCUUCAUGCGUUAAUCAAUUGUAAAUAAGAAAACUCAUUUGUAAAAUAACCCAAUACCUUUUCAUAUCAGGAGAAAAAGAGAAAACUAACUUUAAGAAUUUAUUAGAAACUGUUAUCGAAUCUAGAGAAAUUUUUAUCCACCCAUAUUUACAAAUUGGAGAAUCUCGUUAUUAAUCAACUAAUUUAUUUUUUUCAACAGAUCAAGAAACGUAUCACGAUUACUUUUUUAUACAGUCUAAUGUAAGACGAACUUAUUCCAAAUAAUAUUAUUAAUUGCAAUCACUGGAGUUGAUUUUUAAUCACAAUCAAUAUUUUUAAUUGCAGUUAUUCAUUCUUAUUACGCAGAUGAGAAUUAUUUUUCGGAUUGUAUAUAAAUGUUGCAGAUCGAUUGACAGAUUCUGUUUAUCUAUUUCCACAUGCAUCAAGAAAUUCAGUAGAAAGUUGCACUUUUACGAGGAAAUUCGGCUGAACUACUCUAUUAUUACUUCUUCAAAUGAAUAGAAAUGUUGAAUAGUAAAGAAAACUCUGAAUAUAUGACAAAUUUUAUAGUAGAAAUUUCUCCAGUAAUUUCCCAAAGCUUCUUUCAUCUCAUACUGAGGGAUUUCUAUGAAUAAAAAUUGAAUGCAAUGCCGAAUAAAAUAAUCGUAAAUCUGUUAGUUUUCAAUGAUUCUUCAUCAGAUCAUUUUCUACCAAAUAUCUUUUUCUAUAUAGAAUACCUCAAUAUUCUAAAAAAAUAAAAUUUGAAACUUUA